AACCUCAACCAAAUGUGACUCAAAAGACCAACAGUCAGAUGAAAGCUAUCCUGACUUAGAGUCUUUCUGUAGACUAGAGGGCAAUAGCAAUACUGCAUUCAUGGAUAAAGAUGUAAAUGCAGUUGAAGUGUGUGGAGCGAGACAAAAGGCUCAGAGUAGGGUAAAAGGUGUUGACACAGUUACAUCUGUAACCCCCAUACUCCAGUUACAAGCAGUCAGUACAGCUCUAGGUCCUGAAGACAUAGAAAGACUUGCUGAGAGUUUGCCAUCAGUGCAGAGAAAUUUUUCUGAGUUUAGGACAGAGUUGUCCAGGAAAAUGAAGCUCUAUGAUAUGUCCCUAGCUGAAGUCACCCAGCUAAUGUCACAAAUCCUGAAAGAGUCAGAAUUCAGUGAUUUUGAAAGUGCUGUAAAUAAUUCUGAGUUUCAGCAUUCCAGCAAAGGUGAAUUGAGAGAAGGAGUUCUGAGAGUGUUACAGAACCUUGUUGGACCAAAGGUGGACUGGCCAAAGAUCACUAGUUGUGUACAGAAGGAUGAAACUGUAAGUGAGUACACUGAAAGAUUUUGUCAGUCAGCUGCAGCAUACAGUGGAAUAGCUGACACUCCAGAGAAGGUGUUAGAGGAUAAUGGACCACUGGUCCGCAUGUGGUUUGAUGGGCUCUCAUCAGAAUACAAAAAUGCAUUGCCUUUCUUAGACCUCACAUGGUCCAAUGGAACUCUGCAAAACAACUUAGAUCGGUUAGCUAUUUGGGAAAGAGACUCGGAUGUCAAGACAAGAGUAAAGAUUGCAGCAGCAUCCUUUAAGGUCAACACAGAGAAUCGACAGAAACGUAAAUGUCCUAAGAGAGAAGGCAGUUGUCAUUACUGUGGUAAACCUGGACAUUGGAUGAAAGAGUGUAGGAAAAACAAAAAGACAUUUAAAGAAAUGAACAGCUUUACUCAGUCUACUUGCCACACUGAAACUGCCCCUCCCCUCUUCUCCAAACACUUGGAGCAACAGCUUACUGACAUGCUAACCAUUUGGGCUGUGAGUGCUUAAUUUCCCCAGUAAUCUACAAGAAAGCUAAAAGACUCAUUCUGAACAAAAGAAAGUUGACUGUCACUUCCACCAUUUGGGGUACACUGGUUAAGUACACUCACAGCCUUAAAUGUUAUGCUACAGCACACUCCAUUCACUUAUCCAUCCUCUGUGGGUUAUGAUGUCUGCUAUGACUGAUGUUUCAUUGGAAGAUGGAGAUGUAGCACAGUAAAGUUUACAAAUUAACUACAGGGAGAGAAUAGGACACACAGACCAGUGAGGAGCCCAGGGAAGAACCGAAGUGCAACAGGCCUCGGGGGCCAACCCUGUGGUGAAGACUUCCUCAUAGGUUUCCCCCUCUCAGUUUAUCCCCACCUUACUGGUCUAUAGGUGUCAAAUUGAUUAAGACUAGCUUUAAAAAAAAAAAAAAGGAACAAAACCACUAUACGAUCACUAGAAGUUUAUGAUGAUCAGAGUUAGACAGAAAAACUAUACGAUCAUCUAACGUACUAAAGUCUAUGCAUGAAUACUGCUGGUCUGCUGUUUCUUUGUUUUCUUGUGUUGCAGGUAUGUGUAUAUGCCAUGACGGCUCAUAAGCAGCACCUGGUGUAAAGCAUCACCUCAGAUAUCCAUGAACAACCUUCAUGAAGACAGAGUCAUCUGAGCAACUCGGAGUUGCACAACGACAAACAAUAUCUGAGCAACUUGGAACAGACAUGGAAAUGCAUUGGAAAUGGACUCUACAGGGAACAGACUCCACAGCUAUUCAGGCGCCAUGGACUUUUAGGACUUCCACGCUUAUGCUACAUGGUUUUCUGUGUCAUCAUGUAGUUCAUACAACAUAUUACCACCCUGCAUUGUAUAUGUGUGUCAACAGUAUACUCAAGUUAAAGAACAACACUUAUGUAAAUGUUGGACACGACAUAGAAUAAGAUGUAUGUGCCUGUAUCUGUUACAAGUUACAUGACUGGAAGAUGGGACUUAUGUUAACAAACAUAGGUUAAAGAAGGGAUUUAAGAAGGUUUAAAUUUGUAUUAUGUGAGAGUUAUUAGAACUCUCAAAGGGGGGACUGUGGGAUUACAAAUUUAAGAAUCUGUUUAAGAUCUGCUGAUCCUACAUCCUGACAUAACCUCACAUGAAAUAUUAAGGUGAAGUAUAUUGUAUUUAACAUUUUGAGGUAAAGAUAAUGACAAUUUAAGGAGAUCAAGGCAGGCAGCCCAGGUGUCUGUAACAUUAACCUUUUGUCUUCAUGCACUUCCUAACCAUUUGGCUCAAGAUACAGCUGUGCCUUUGUCUCUAUGAUAAUGUAAAGGUAUGGGCGAUACUGUCAGACUGAUUGGAUUAGCACCUAUGCAUUUGAAUGACACCGUUAUGCUGAUUAGAUCAUGGCUGGGAAAUGUAGGGAAUGGG